GUGGCGCUAGUUUUAUCGGAGUUUAGUCUAACGAGAGCUUUGGCACGCGUCGCACAAGUCGGAAGCAGCACUCGUGUCGCUUUAGUCAGCCGCGUGAGAGCGAGAGAGUGACAGAGAGAGGGCGCGAGAGCGCGAGAGGUGAACGACGGAGAGGGAAGAGAGAGAGGCACGUUAACGGUGAGCGUGAGCGAGACAGAGAAAGGAUAACGGUAGAACGUCGAGAGGACCAAGUGGAAUACAAGCGAGAAAAAGAUAGAUUGGGAGAGAGUGGGCUAGGUAGGGUAGCAAGUAGUGAGAUGGGUGUAUGCGUGUAGCGGAGAAGAGCAGAUCGACGGCGACGACGACGAAGAGAGAGAAACGAUGUCGUGAAGAUGAAUGAACGAGCAUUCGGACGCAGUUGAUGUUACGACGAUGGGGAAGGUUCCCAAGUGGAGGACGCGGUAUGUAUCGGCGCCGUCAGAACGAAGGACAGCAGAUCUAAAAUCACGGUGCUGAUCGUGCAAACGAGGAGCAUAGCGGCGGCAGUGACCAUGGCGCCCCUGCUCGCAUGUAAACAGUGCUUCAUGCUCGACGCACGCUUCGAGAGUAACGUUACUGGUGUCAGCAGCAUUUUUAUCAUCGAGAGUAAACGUAGCUACAGUCGUCGUCAUCGUCGUCGUCGUCAUCGUUGUUCCCCAAGUUCUCGUCGUUUCCCCCGAGUCCGAUGAACAGCCAUCAUCGAAGUCGCAACGUCGUCGUCGUCGAGAAUAUCGCGGACGUCCCCGAGGCAAGACGGUAUGGAAGGUAGAGACGAGUCAUGAUCCUCGUCCUGCCACGUCGCCGUUGUCCUCGUCCUCGUCCUCGCCGUCGCCGUGGUGGUCGCCGUCGCCGCCGCCGCGCGAAACCGUGCUCCGGCCGUUUGUGUUUGUUGAUUCGUCGUCGAUGCGUCGAACGUGUGUGCGCGUGCAAGACGCUGAGCCAAACCUUCGAGCGACGGUCAAACGUGAUUGAUGCGUCACGCAUUCAACUGCUACCUAACAAGUGGUAACGAGCCCGAGAAGCGAGUACACGAAUUCACGGGCCGUUCGUGUUGCGAAACGAGCCGCGAUAUCCAGUGACUCGUACGCCGAUGAGAGAAAGGACGCGGUUCGCGCGAGUGUUAGCACGCGAACGAUUAAUUGCGGGGCUCGAUCGGACAUCGUGACUCUGUCUGGUCGUUCGGUGGUGAGGCAAGUCGAUGGCAAUGGUGUUGCACGAAGUGAUGACCUUCUGCGUGCCCGAAUUCCGAAGAAGCUCAUCUCUGUGUUGCCCCCUUACUAUCGACGCAUACGUACAGAAGACUGAGGUGUAUCAUUCCGCACUCCAAACAACAUAUCGCUUAUCCACCAUAAGUGGAAGAAGGUGAUGGCCCGUACCACGCGCUCACGACGAAAAAUGGCGAAUACGACUGAUGCUCCCUCGCCUGCGAGCAGCCUUUUGUCGUCCACCACGACGACCCCGUUCACCAGCCCGACAUCGACAAGCUACUCCACCGAGGACUAUACCUUCAAUUACAGCGGCCUUCCCAGCCUAGGUGGCUACUCAUUGGAGGAUUUGAAUUACACGGAACUCUGGGUGGGCGUAUGGAAUAGCACCGAGGCCAGUAACGUGACUGAGAGAUUAAAUACCACUGUACUGCCAUCGGGAGCAGGCUACUGCGACGAAUGGGAGGCAGCGCAACACAAACUCUUCCAAGCGGCGAAUCUGUUCUUCGCAGCGGCGUUUCUGGUGCCGCGUUCUUUCAAGGCCUCGGUACUGGCACUGCGCACCUUUCUCACGGCUGGCUUCAUGCUGGCCGCUCUCUGGGCCGGAAUUACCAUAUGUGCUCUGGACGCGAUGCUAUGGUGUCUGGCUCUCGGCCUUCUGAACGGAAUCCAUUCGCUUAUACUAGCCUGUCGAUUUCUGCCUCCCGCGCUCAGCCCCGAGCUGGCUGAGCUCUAUCUGAAACUCUUUAAGCCGUACAAGGUCAGCAAGAAACACUUCCAGGAGCUGGCCAAGGAGGCAAGGAUAUUAAAGCUGGACUCCGGUCAGACGUAUGCGACAGAAGGCGUCACGCCCGCCGACGAACGACUAUCGAUACUGUUACGUGGCAAGUUGAAGGUGACCUGCGACGGAACACACUUGCAUUACAUCAAAGCUUAUCAGUUCGUCGACUCGCCGGAAUGGGAGGCCAUGCACGAGAACAUCGACGACGUCUUCCAAGUGACGAUUCGAGCGGAGGAGUCUAGCACGUACAUCUGUUGGACCAGGCUGAAGUUGCUCAGGGUACUCAGGCAUAGGCCCCUGCUCAAGGUCGUCCUCAACACCCUCAUCGGUAAGGACAUUACGUCCAAGUUGUACGCCCUUAACGAGCAGCUCGCUGGUGUCGCCGCGGCCAGUGAGACAACCACGUCGAAUCCUUACAGGGGCGUCGCGAGAAGUCUUAGCGUCGACGCUGUAAACACUGAAACUGCCGGAAGAGUACGAUCCACGACGUGGAAGGCACAGAGGAGGCACAGUAAUCCGCGUAGCGACAGGAGUUCGCCAUCCCGGUACUCGCACCAAUACUGGGCGCCCGUGGUGGCAAAUCACUUCCCGCCGAAUUCGCCGUUCACCCAGGGUCAAAGCCUCGGGUACACGUUACUGCCGCAGGGUGUUCAGUUUUCGCCACCGCCACGGGCACCCUUUCUGUCGCAUCAGCCGUUGACGCGACAGCGUAGCGGUGGCACGAGCGGCGAUUACACCCUGCUACCUCAGACACCGAAGCUCGAGAGGAAACGCUCGAAAAAGGGGACGAGAGAGGUAACUUUCGAGACGCCCGUAUGACGGUCGCUCGACGGGGAGGGCCCUGCAAGCGUACCACUUCUGUCGCUAUCGCCUCAGCGUUCCGCCUAGCCCCGUCGAGAUCUCAUAAACGCGAACCAUCUAUCACGGUUCGUUCUGUGAAGCACGUCGCCGCCGUCGUCCGGCUACUAACAUAGCACGGCCUAUCCAGCAGCAGCCGCCAGAGUGUCGUGUGGCCGCAUGGUCGCGUGACGCGGAUCCAGACAGACAGACACGGACGACAAUGAACGCUCGAGCGCAGUUUGUGCAUCUAUCUGUGUGUAUGUGUAUGCGCGCGCGUGUCUGUAUGCAUAUAUGUGCAAAUGUGUGUAUGUAUGUGUGCGCGCGUCGAUGCUCCGUGAACAUUCGCGGAACUUCGUUUACGCGAACCGCGAACUUCGAAACGAACGCGUGUUCCACUCGUCGAGUACUGUAAUCGACGAAGACGCGCGAUGGUCUGACCAUGUUCAUAUCCCGCAAGUGCUACGCCUUACACGUAACUGAUACAUGCAGAGCCACGUAACACGUGCACAAUAAAAUACCUAAGCAAAACCUAAGCCGUGUGUUCGCUAUUGAUCGUGGUGAAAGGAGUUUGCAUGGUGUUUCUCGACACACGAGUGGCCGGUGUCGCGAAACGCGUCUGUUCUCCUUCCACUUCUUCCUCUGCUAAUUCUUCCGCUACUUCUUCUUCUUCUUCUACUUCUUCUUCUUCUUCUUCUUCUCCUGAUUCUUCUUCUUCUUCUUCUCCUACAUCGAGAAAACGAUGUUCGAAAGAAAGAGGAAGUUAACGUCGUUGGAAGCGAAGGUUCGUCAGGAAGUUACGAAAGAGUUGACCAAAAAGCGUGCUGGAAAACUGGGACGAAGAGAAAAGUUUCGUGGGCAGGUGAUGAAAGGCGAGAGAGAAAUCGAAGGAAGGAUAGGCUGCUUGGUAACUCGAAUUACACGCUCGUUGAAACAUCGAAUCCUUCGAUCGAGUCUGAAAAGGAUGGAUGACGAAGUGGAAGGGAGAAAUUGAGAAGAUAGAGUUUGUGCUUUACAUUCGCACAGAAAACCAAGGAAGUAGCCGUUCCGCGAUCGUCCAACGGUUUCUAGUCAUCCACCUAAACUUUUAUGACCACGCACGCGUUCAAUUUUCGCGACGAACUCGCGGCCGCUGUUCAAACGCUUCUUCUUUUCCUCCUUCCGCUCGCAAACGGAAUCCAUUUCAACGUUCGUUCACACGCGAGUGAUGUUCCACGUUAUGAUCAUUGUGGAAGGGCACCGGCGGAAAUUCCACGCGUUUGCUAGUUUUCGCUCGAAAAGGAUCGCCGACAGCGAACACGCAGAAAUUCCUACGGAACCAUCUAAACAUGAUUUAAAAAUGAAAAAUAGAUUAUAAUUGUAUACUUGUGACGAGCGUCGCCGCUGUGUACACCCUUAUAUCGACUGUGAUUAUAAUGGAUAUAAUUAUUAAGUCUUUCAGAGGAUGCCGAAUAAAUACACAGUACAGAAACUCGUUGCGAACGAGUUAACAAGCGCAGGAUUACCUGGGAGUCCUCGAGGUCGGUAAGUUUAGACGUCUCGCGAUUGCCAGUGGUUUCCCAAUUGAAGUGGAAUUUUUAAUAAUUCAUCGUUUCUACGUGUUUGCUAAAAUUGAUAGAAAGUAUCGUAUAAAUAUGGAUUGGGGCAUUCGUUCUCGUUCUACGAUGCAACAACGGCUUACGAAUCUUUCUUUCUCUCAAGUCGUUUAGCGCAACAGUCUCGAUCCAAUAAUUCGUUUCAUUAAGUAGUCAAGCUUUUUCUUCCUCGCGAAAUCGAAUUUCACAUGGUUAGGCGGGCAAUGGAAUCGAACGAACCAUUGAAUUUCCAAAGCGAGUUCAUUUAGUUUCCCGUUGAAAAAGAAGCAAUUAAUUUCCUUUGGACGAGCGAUCGGCUCGGCGACUCGCCCUACCACAGAUUCCUUGGCUGACGCGUCUGAACUACGAUAUCGAUCUCUCGAGGACGCCAACUGUAGGCAAGAUCGGAUAAGAAAUGAAAACCGAGAAAAGAAAAAAAAAACAGGAAAAAUGCGAUACGCCGAGAACGCAACGCAGAAUUUCGAAUUACAGAGCAGAGAUUAUGGCCGCUCCUGGGAUGAUCGAAAAAGGUAAUCGAACGUGCACAGAGAAACCGGCGAAAGGGAAGAAACAACGGUAACGUCAUCAAUAGCAGCAACACAAUAACGAGAAACAAGUUGAAUGAAAGAAAAAGGAAAGAACGAAUUAAAAGAAGAAGAAAGAACAACAAGAGUUCGUGCAAAAGGAUGGAAUGAAGAAAAGAGAACGAGCGUAAUCUCCAGACGUAACGCAAUAAGUGCUUCGUUAAAAUGAAGAAAAAACCUGCAAUAAAGUGCUUCGAAAAUAAACUAAAAAAAAAAGAUAAAAUAAAAUAAAAGUAAAGUAAAAUCGUAGUUGAUUAUCGAGAGGGUUAACAGAACAGAGUUAUGGUUUAAGGCGAACCUAAGAUUAAAAGUUAUAACGUACGUGUCGCGCGAGAAUACAAAAAGAUAAAAUAUAAAGUAAAAACAGAUAUAAAAUAGAGCACGUGUAAUAGAGGGAAAGGGACGAAUAUUAAAACAAAAUAAAAAAAUUUGAAGAAAAUAAAACAAUGUGUGUUUGUAUGUUUCUAUGUUUAUAUAAUCCCCGCGUGUGAGAGCGAGGCCGUAGAAGAUCCAAUAAAACGCACAAACAAUUUAAACGAACGAUUUAAAAAAUAAAAAAUAGAAAAGAACGUGGGAUAUGAAAUGAGACGAACGAAAAAAGAAGGAAGAGAGAGAUGAAUGUAAACGGAAGUGAAACGAAGAACGCACGUGUGAUGUGAGAAAAAGUAGUGACGGUCGUGUUGGCACAGGCAACCGAAAGCAGGUGCGUGCGUUUGAUGUAACGACGAUCGAGCAACCCGUUACGUUUGUUGCAAACGUGUCUUGUUGCAUCGAGAAUUGUAACGCGUGUAAUAGUCGUUGUUCUUGGGCUACGUUCGUUGGAAAAUAUAUCGUGGCUGAUAGACCGAUGUUGUAAAGCGAACGUUGUGUUUGAACAUGAAACAUAUGUUGCAGUUGAUAGUCACUGCCGUAGAAAUUGUGAAUAUAUUAUCGAUAGUGUAAAUUUAGAGAGAUAUUGGAUCGACCAGAAGCGAGUUUGGGAUUACACGUCAUGUUUGAAAUAUUUCAACGAAAUUAUUAGAAAUCAGAGUAAGACGACGAAUGAAAUUUAUGGAGAAAAAGAUAUAAAAAUUCUCAUUAGCCAAAGCGUGCGAAUUAUUAUUAAUUAUAUCGAUAUUUAUUUUUCUGUUUUACGACAAUUUUCCUUAUUUCUAGGAUAUUUAAUUUAGCGUGGUAUUCACAUUAAAUUUAGUGUACUAAUAAUCGUUACACGGAUUUAAAUCUAAAUUAAAAUUAAAAUGUCAUUCGCAAACAUAUUUAUAAAGGCUGGUAAAUAUGCUAUAUUUAAAAAAUUCAUAUACGUUUUUACGAACAAACAUUGACAAUGCAAUUAGGAUAUUAAUAAAUUCACGAUACAACGAAAUUUAAGAUAAUAGAUAAUCCCAAACUUGCGAAAGAUAGCAUAAGGAUUGACGAUUACAAAAUUUCUGUUUAUCGUUAGUUAUUUUUCAAAAUGACACGAACGAUAAUAUUUUUUUAAUAAUUGUAAAUAACGCGAACGAAAUCACGUUUACCCGUUAUGAAUGAAAAUGUAGCUGUUUUAAGUUAUCGCGAAAUGAUAUUUAUCUCUCUAGAUUUACUACCAGCUUCAAAUAACGUUAAUAAUAUCAAUGUUUCGUCUAUUUGUUUCAUUCGCCGUAUUUUUGACAAGAAACACCAGUUAGCCAUGUUAUAUAAAAUAUAAUUUGCGAUUAAUAUAUCUUGUUAGCAAAAUUAAACAUUAUUUACAGUG